GCGAUAUCAAUUAAAGGAGUCCGCAGCAAUAAAUAGACGACCAAUAAGUGUUUAAAUAUUAGUUUUCAAGAAUUUUCUUCUUAUUCAAAGCAACAGUUGCAUUUGGAGAUGCAUUUCCGAGUUUUUGUGGUGAUGUUUGCGAUUUGUGGAUCCCUACAGAUAAAUGCAAAACCAUUAGAUGACAGAGGGGUAAUAGAAAAGCUACUUGCGAUCGCUGAAGACACAUUAAAUCUUUCAGAACGUUUAGAAAAACUACUGGAAAAUUGUGAAAAUAAACACCAACCAACUACCACUGUUAAACCAGUCACUUCACCACCAACUACUCCUCGACAUCCGUCACCAACAGCGACACAUCCAUGGUCGACUACACAGGAAGAUUCAACAACACAUCGAUGGACAACUCCUCGAUACCCAGAAACAACUCCACGGACAAGCGCUUGGUCGACAUCGAAAAUGCCGGACAAAUAAACUAAACGUGAAGAUGAUAAUUAAAAUAUAUUUAUAUUUACAUGAAAAUUACCAGAAAUUAAAUUUAUUAUUUGCUUAAAGUAAUACAUUUUAUCUAUAAACUAUUCCGGUUUUUUAAAUCAUUUAGAUAACAUUCGAUAUUUCUAUAAUAAUAAUAAGAACAACUUAUCAUGUUUUAAAUAAUAAAAUAUUAGAUAAAAUCAA